CUGCUUCCUGGCCCAAACAGCCCGCCUAACCGUGGACGGAACUAACCGCUCCACUCAACUCUCACAAACAACCGUUGCGGCGCGACCACCGGAGCCCGGACCGCCCCCCACUCCCGAUCGCCGGCGAUGGCGAGCCUUCUCCUCCGGUCGCUCCGGCGGGCGCGAGGCUUCAGCUCCUCUGCCACCUCGGCGGCGAAGGAAGGGGGCGACGGGAAGCUCGUGGCGACGGUGAUGUUCGAGCGCCUCCCCGUCGUCAUCCCCAAGAUCCAUCCCGCCGUCUACGCCUUCCAGGAGUUCUCGUUUCGGUGGAGGCAGCAGCACAGACGGCAGUACCCAGACGAAGUUCUCGGCAAGGCCGACGCCAGGGGUAAGGGUGACUAUCACAUUGAUUAUGUGCCUGCUCCAAGAAUCACAGAGGCUGACAGAACAAAUGACCAGAAGUCUUUACAACGAGCUCUUGAUAAUAAAUUGUAUCUCCUCCUGUAUGGCAACACUUAUGGGGCUCCUGAUGGAAAGUCUGUUUGGCAUUUUCCAGAAAAAAUAUAUGAAAAUGAAGAAACUAUGCGACUGUGUGCUGAGUCAGCAUUGAAGUCUGUUCUUGGGGGACUUGACAAUACGUACUUUGUUGGCAAUGCUCCGAUGGCUCAUAUGGAUGUUGAACAAACAGAUUCAAGUGUGUCAUCAUUCAAGCGUUUCUUUUUCAAGUCACAAGUGGUCGGCACUACGAAAUACCAUAUUGAAAAAUGCAAGGACUAUGCGUGGGUAACCAAGGAUGAGCUGUUGGAACAUUUUCCCGAGCACAAAAGUUUCCUGAACAAGAUGAUCAUCCACAUAAGAUAGCUCUGAUAAGGCCAUGGACAAGCUGAAGACCAUUCUGAGCAAUUAGCAUUUAUGAGCAGAUUUGGCAGGGAACGAUCACCUCAAGCAUUUCUUGAAACAGAAACUGGAGAUAUUCUAUUUUGCCUAUUUUUUGAGGGGGCGAUUCUACAUCUAUAGCAAUGUAGCAUGUAGUAAGUAGUCCUCCCAGGUAACUGUAUGAGUUUGUUAUCCAUGGGAAAAAUAAGUGCAUUUGAUACCCGCUGUUUUGCGUUCUUCUGGCAACUGCCAAGAUGCUUGAGCCUGGAACCUGUGCUCUGCAUUUCUGAAUUCUUGCAAUACACCUGAUAGCAUCUUUUAUGCAGGCUAUUCUUACAAAUUGAAUGGAACCAUACGUCACGUACCUUUUUUCUA